AUGGACGUGUGGGGCCCAGCCCGCGUCCGUGGACAGGGUCACGAGCGUUACUUCCUGCUGGUCGUUGACGACUACUCGCGUUACACCACAGUCUUCCCCUUGCGCCGCAAGGGUGAGGUCACUGAGGUGUUGAUCAACUGGAUCCGCAGUGCCCGUCGCCAGCUCAGCGAGAGUUUCGGCUCGGACCUUCCUGUUCUGCGUCUGCACUCAGACAGAGGUGGUGAGUUUUCCUUCGACCUUCUGAGGGCUUUCUGUCGUGCGGAGGGCAUCCGCCAGACGUUCACGCUUCCGGCCUCCCCACAGCAAAAUGGGAUUGCUGAGCGCCGCAUUGGCAUGGUCAUGGACGUCGCUCGUACGUCCCUGAUCCAUGCGGCUGCUCCCCAUUUUCUGUGGCCGUUCGCGGUUCAGUACGCUGCGCAUCAGAUCAACCUUCAGCCUCGUGUCUCCUUGCCGGAGACCACACCUACUCUGCGGUGGACGGGGAAGGUUGGCGAUGCGUCUGUGUUCCGUUUUUACCACCCCACCUCGCGUCGUGUUCUGUCCUCUCAGGACGUCACGUUUGACGAGUCGGUUUCUUACUACCGUCUCUUUCCCUACCGCACUGCCCCUCUCCCCCCCCUGCCGCUCUUCCUAGCACCAGGUGCUCCUCCGGUAGACCCCCUCCCCCCUCAGGGUCCUGCCCCCUCAGGUGUGUUCCAGGUAGACCCUGUCGAGCCUGUCGAGGUAGCUGUCGACUCUGUUACUGCUAAAGGUGCUGAGCCUGCGCGUGCGGGUGCGGGGCCUGGGGGUGCUGAGCCUGGGGUUGCUGAGUCUGAGGGUGUGGAGCCUGGGGGUGCGGAGCCUGAGCGUGUGGAGCCUGGGGGUGCUGAGUCUGGGGGUGCUAAGCCUGGGGGUGCUGAGCGUGGGGGUGCUGAGCCUGAGCGUGCUGAGUCUGGAGGUCCUCCGAGUGUCCCGUCACGGCGGGAGCCCCUCUCUCCACAGCGGCUGCGUGAGUGGUACGCUCGGCGCUGUAGCCGUGCUGCUGGAGCUACGGGGCCUACUGCUGGAGGUGCUUCUGGAGCUGGAGCUGCUGGAGGUGCUGCUGGUGCUGGAGCUGCUGGAGCCGCUGGUCCUGGAGGUGCUGGUGCUGGAGGUACUGGCGCUGUCGGAGGUCCUGCUGGUGUUGGAGCUGCUGGAGGUGCUGGAGCUGCUGGUCCCGGAGGUGCUCGUACUGGAGGUACUGGAGCUGCUGGGGCUGGUGGUGCUGCGGGAGUUGGUGCUGGAGGUGCUGGAGCUGUUUCUGCUGGAGGUGCUGCUGGAGCUGGAGCUGCUGGAGGUGCUGGAGCUGGUGGUGCUGCGGGAGUUGUAGCUAGAGACCCUGGAGCUGAGGGUACUGGUACUGUCUCUGCUGUUUCUGGAGGCGCUGCGUGGCCGCGGCCGUACUACGUUCCGCUCCUUCAGCAGGUUCUUGGUCUCUCGCCUUCUACUUGUCCUCCUCCUCCCUUACUGAGUCCACCGCCUGUCCAGUCACAGUUACAGCCAGCCUCUCCACUGCCUGGUCCUUCUCCUUACCCUGGACCGACUAGAGAGUCCUCUCUUCCUGUCUUCCCUGACCCGCCGUCAGACCUUGCUCGUGCGUCCAAGUCUGUCUGUCCUCCGUCCGUCGGGGGUGAGUGUGCUCUUGGCACGGACGUCCUUGAGGACAGGCAGGAGGAGUUUGAGUGCUUUGCCGCUACUUUGCCUCAUCUCGUGUCCAUGCUGAUUGCCCCUGAGGGAGACCCGGAUGCACCAGACAUCCCGACCCCGCGCUCUUACGCUGAGGCGAUAGAGGGUCCCUACUCCUCUCAGUGGCAGAUAGCCAUGGACGCAGAGAUGGCUUCCUGGAAGUCCACUGGCACCUACGUCGACGAGGUUCCCCCACCUGGGGCGAACAUCGUCAGUGGCAUGUGGAUUUUCAGGGUGAAGCGGCCGCCUGGUUCUCCGCCUGUCUUCAAGGCGCGUUACGUUGCACGAGGCUUCAGGCAGCCUGCACGAGGAGAUCUGGCGCGCCGCCCACCUGGCUUCACUGGGUCGUUUCCUGCAGGUACCCAGUGGAGCCUCCGGCGGCCAGUCUACGGUCUCCGCCAGGCGCCUCGCGAGUGGCACGACACACUGAGGACGACUCUUGCGGCUCUUGGGUUUGCUCCUUCUACUGCUGACCCGUCGCUGUUUCUACGCACCGACAUUUCCCUGCCGCCGCUCUACAUCCUCGUGUACGUCGACGACUUGGUCUUUGCCACUUCUGACACUGCUGGACUGGCCCACGUGAAGUCGGAGCUGCAGAAGAGACACACGUGCACAGACCUGGGUGAGCUGCGCAGCUAUCUUGGCUUGCAGAUCACCCGGGACAGAGCACAGCGCACCAUUACCUUGACUCAGUCACACAUGGUGCAGCAGGUCCUUCAGCGCUUCGGCUUCGAGUACUCCUCGCCACAGUCCACUCCUCUGCCUACCGGUCACUCGCUCUCAGCUCUGCCUUUGGAUGAGUCCGUAGAGCCGAGUGGCCCGUAUCCAGAGCUUGUGGGCUGCCUCAUGUACCUGAUGACCUGCACUCGACCUGACCUCGCUUACCCUCUUAGCAUCCUGGCUCGCUACGUUGCGCCCGGGAGACACCGACCAGAGCACUAG